AUGAAUCACAUUUCUCGCCUGUCAGAGUCUGUAUAUGUAGGACUGUGUCGUGAAGUAGGGAGUCCUACAGAAGUGAGGAUCAGGAGAGAAGUGAUGGACACCACGGAGGGGCUGAAUAGACCUGUGUAUAUCAUGAGGGGAUUUGAUAGAAUGAUAAGUGGGAGUAGACGUGAGGGAUUCAGAAUGAUUACUUCUGAUAUUGAUUGGAUGUUAUGGUAUCCAGACGCCAAAGUGAUAUGUGAUCUCUCUCAGAUCUGUCUCAGGAGGGAAGUGACGGACACCACAGAGGUGGUGAGACAACCUGUGGACACCAUGAAUGGACUUAAUGUAAUGAGAAGUGGAAGUAGGCGUGAGGGAUUCAGACUGAGUACUUCUGAUGUAGAUGACAUGUUUUGGCCUUCACACCAUAAGGUGAUAUCUGAUCUCUCAAAAAUCAAUCUAUGCCGUAUCCCGCAACACACUAUGAUUCUGAUGGAGUAUGAUGAUCUUCCACCGGGUUUUACAAGACUUAUCCUGAUGAGUCAAUCAAAUAAUCCAGAAAUCAUUUCCUCCUGUGUAGUAAUGAAUAAUAUUACAUACAUUUCAAGUACAUUGUUCAGGGAUAACCACUUGCUAUUCUUAAAGACUUCCACUUUCCCCAUCACUACAGCUGUCCCUCAUGGACCCUGUUCUACGUAUUCCUUAUUUCAAGGAAAAGAGGCGGACUUUGCGUUCUGUUUCCAGUCACAUCGCUGGCCUACGUCCGCAAUACCAUGGAUUCAGAGAUGUAGUGAACAGAGAUGGCCAGACCAGAAUACUGUUUCAGAUAUAUUAAGGGGAGGAUUUCAUAUUGUUCCUAUCGGAAGCAAACCUGAAAAUGAAUUAGAAUGGAGAAUAUCAUUCUCUCGAGCAGAACAAAAAAUCGUUUAUACAAUGAAUCACUGUCAGUUCUUAUGCUAUGGUCUCUUCAAAAUUUUUCUUAAAGAAGUAAUUAAUUGUCAGCCAAAUUCCUCCAUUCUCUGUUCAUACUUCAUAAAAACUAUUUUGUUUUAG